AUCAGUGCAAAAUGUAAACAUCCCAGAUUUGCUCUGGCCCACCCUCCCAGCUAGACCUCAGCUCAUCAGCGUGGAUCAAUAAACAAAAAUCUACCGGCGCGAGAAAAUCGAUACCAACCCUCCCAGGCGAGAAGACCUGGCCGUGCCAAACCUAGUUUUAAGCGCUUUUGUGGUAAUCAGACAAUCAAAAUGAAGUCGAAGUGGCCACUGGUUGCACUGGUGUGUCUGUUCCUAAGGACCGAGGCCAUCGACUAUCGAAGUUGGAGCUGCGAACCGUACGAGUUCUUCCUUGACUUCUAUCGAUGCUGUAGCGAAUCUAAACUAUCCGAAAGAUCUGAACCGAGUUGGACGCCCACGACCUAUGUUUUGUACGAGGUUAACCCUUCGGAGGGAUUCAACCUGCGACGGGACGUGUACAUCCGAAUGGCGGUCUUCAUGCGAGGACUUCGCCGGAUGCCCGGCUGGGAAAACACCAAACUGGUGUUGCCACCAUGGUCGGAGCUGCAUCACUGGAGGUCAAACACGAUAAACCAGCGCAAUUUGACGUGGGGACACUUUUUCGAUUUGGAAUCGAUGCGAAAGUUCACCGAGGUCAUUGAGGCGGAACAGUUUUUUCGGGAGUUUGAGCGAUGGUCGACCGGGAAUGGUCGUCACGAGGCUAGGAAACCGGUCUCGAUUAACGAGUACUACCGGUUGACCCACUUUGACGACAUGUUUGAAAACGGAGUUUUUGUGGAUAAGUUCGAGCAGACGCCUUGCACAAAGGCACUGACCAAAGACGCGCCGGGAUUCAUGCGACUGCACGCCACUUUUGAGAUUGACGAUUUCUACUGCGUCCGAUUCCAGGGUGCGGCCACGCUACUCUAUUCAAUGUUCAAAAAGUUUGGCCCUGAGAGGCAGCCCGAAAUCCGGACGAUCUUCGUCGGGAACGCGGAAGUGGUACUUCACGACCACUGGGGCAACGUGGACUACUGGGAAGCUCGGAGGUCGAUGCGGUUCAGCAAAACCCUCGUCAGCAUAGCGGACGAGUUCCGGCUGCACAACUUCAACUCCAGCAACGAGCGAGACCGAGUGCAGCGGCCGACGUCCUGGACGGACGAAAGACCGUACCGAAAGGCAAAGGGCGGUGACUUCCUGUGCGCCCAUCUGCGCCGUGCCGACUUCCUGUACGGCCGGGACAAAACCACCCCAACCCUGCACUCGGCCGCAGCUCAAAUCAAAAAGAAACUCCUCGAGCUGGGUCUGCGCAAGGUGUACAUCUCGUCCGACUGCCCCGGCAUGGAGUUCAACGAUCUGAAAAACUACCUCCGCCGCUUCAAAGUGGUCCGCUUCACGCCGGAAAGCCGCGCCCAGAUGGACCAGCUGAAGGACGGCGGAGUGGCCAUCAUCGAUCAGAUCAUCUGCUCCCAGGCGCGGUACUUCAUCGGGACGUACGAAUCCACCUUUACCUAUCGGAUAUACGAGGAGCGCGAAAUACUGGGCUUCCCGCGGGAUCUCACCUUUAACACGUUCUGCAAGCACGAGGAAGCGACCAACUGCGAGAAGAACGCCGUGUGGCCAAUUCAGUACGAGUGAGGAGACCAGGUCGAGCAGGGACAAUCAGUUGGGACCACGCAAUCAUCGCCACCGGGCUUUUCAGCAGUUUAGAGUAGUUGUAGCAUGUUUAAACCCUUUUAAUUCCAGCCAGUUAUGUUCUUUUACAGUAUAUUCGUAAGUGUACUAUUAAGCGUCAUGUGUAGUAAUACUCAGCCAUGUUCCGAGCAAAUCGUGUCAUAUUAACAUUAAAUAUAAUAUAUUUAAAAAUAAAA